AUGCUCUCGAGGAAGGGGAUCAUCCCCGAGGAGUACGUGCUGACCCGGCUCGCGGAGGAUGUGCCCGAUCACGCCCGCUACCGCGCCCGGGAGCGGCGGGCGCGCUUCGUGGGCAAGAACGGCGCCUGCAACGUGGCCCACAAAAACAUCCGGGAGCAGGGCCGCUUCCUGCAGGACGUCUUCACCACCCUCGUGGACCUCAAGUGGCCCCACACGCUGCUCAUCUUCACCAUGUCCUUCCUGUGCAGCUGGCUGCUCUUCGGCAUGGUCUGGUGGCUCAUYGCCUUCGCGCAUGGUGACCUGGACCACAGCACGCGCGUGCAGCGGGGCCUGGGUGAUGGAGCGGCGGGGCCCCCGGCGGACUUUGUGCCCUGCGUGACCAGCAUCCACUCCUUCGCCUCCGCUUUCCUCUUCUCCAUCGAGGUGCAGGUGACCAUCGGCUUCGGGGGCCGCAUGGUGACGGAGGAGUGCCCAGCCGCCAUCCUGGUGCUCAUCGUGCAGAACAUCGUGGGGCUCGUGAUCAACGCCAUCAUGCUGGGCUGCAUCUUCAUGAAGACCUCGCAGGCCCACCGCCGCGCCGAGACCCUCAUCUUCAGCAAGCACGCGGUCAUUGCCCUGCGGGAGGGCAAGCUCUGCUUCAUGCUGCGCGUGGGCGACCUCCGCAAGAGCAUGAUCAUCAGUGCCACCAUCCGCAUGCAGGUGGUGAAGAAGACCACCAGCAUGGAGGGCGAGGUGGUGCCCCUCAACCAGAUUGACAUCCAGAUGGAGAACCCCGUGGGGGGCAACAGCAUCUUCCUCGUCUCCCCACUCAUCAUCUACCACGUGAUAGACAAGAACAGCCCCCUCUACGACAUCUCCCCCACUAAUCUCCACCACCACGAGGACCUGGAGAUCAUCGUCAUCCUGGAAGGGGUGGUGGAGACCACCGGCAUCACCACGCAAGCCAGGACCUCCUACCUAGCCGAUGAAAUCCUCUGGGGCCAGAGGUUUGUGCCCAUCGUAGCAGAGGAAGACGGGCAAUACUCUGUGGACUACUCUAAGUUUGGCAACACGGUGAAAGUGCCCACCCCUUCGUGCACUGCUAGGCAACUGGAGGAAGACAAGAGCAUUAUGGACAACAUGCCGUUUUCYCCAAGAGCCACCAUAAGGAAGAGAUCUGUCAAGCUAAAGCCCAAGUUCACUCUAAGCGAUGAUCCUUCCUGAUGCCUUUUGCCUGGGAAACUCAGUUAGGGCUCGGUGUCUGAAAGACCCCAUAAACUCAAAACAUUGAGGUGGCCUCUGUUGCUUUUUAAAAUUCAGGUUGGUAGCACAAGGUAUGUUCUGCUGUUAUUUACUGGGGGGUAAGUCCAAAGGUAAUUAUAUUUUUGUAAAGGUGUGAGAGAUUUCAAGCAGCACUGGGAGUAAGAAAAAUAUGAUCUUCAGCUUUAAACUUCAAUUCUGGCUGUCAUAUUUAAUUGCAUGAUCAUUUUACAUUGAUUAAUCUGCAAAUAAUAGCAUAUAUUCUUAGAAACUAAAUGUAUGUAUCCUCGGAGGUUGCAGUACUUAGGGACUUGCAGUGUCUGUCCCAAAGUCAGUAGUUUUUAACUAAUUUUUAAUCCUAAACUUGAACAAUCAAUAUAGAAAAAUAAAAUACUAAUAAUUAUUAAAUUAGRUUGAAUUUAAAUACUUACCAAAAGGUCAGGCAGUGUUAUGUAUGACACAAAUAAGACUUGGUCUGAAAGUGUCUAUGCCAUUAUAUUCCAUGUCUUAAAGAAAUUAACUCGUGCAUUUCUGUAAUCCAUAUUGUAUUGUAUGGAGUCCCAGCUAUCACCUGCCAUACAAAAUGUAUUUGGAUAUUUURUUUAUUUUAGACCCCUUCAUAGUUCCAAAAUAAAAGGUUCAAUAAUGCCAUUUUGGACUACACAUUUCUGAUAGUAAGCAAUAUCUUGCAGAGAGUAUGCAACUGAAAUGAAUUAAUAAUAGCAAAAUUAUGUAAUUAUAUAAAUGUAUGUGAGCAACAUCCUUUGUGCAAACACACACAGAGCCACAUGGCAGUAAAUAUCGAAUCAAAAAUUAGUCUCUCCCUUAGAUCAGAGUAAAUUCUAUUAGAUAAUCAGGGAAUAUAAAUUAAAUAUAAAUAUAAAUAGAAUUAGGUACUGUAAAGAAAGGGAAAGUGCUGAAUGCUGAGAGCAAGCUGUGUGCAGCAGGCAAGACCGUUGGCUUCUUUUCUCCUUUGUGAAAGAAGGGGAGGUUUUGUGCUCGCGGAAGGCAGGGAUGUGCAGGGCAGCACAGUCACUUUUGGGAUGCUGUGGCACCAAACGUUGCUCUGCUGAGAAAAUGGUUCCUGCGGUGCCGACCUCCCGGCRCUGGCCGCACCCGCUGCGGCUCAGCACAGUGCAAGAUGAGGCAGGAGCUGCGCAACACGGGGGCCACGGUCACCCCGCCGGCCUGCGGGGCUCCUAGGAGCUGUCCCCCGCAUGUUCCUGCAAACCAAGUCCCCUGCCGGGCCAUGUUGAUGACAGCAGCAGGUCUUACUCAUAUGCAGGGCUACUAGGAGAUGGCAGUUACAGUAACAGCUAUAUGCUGCUGCCACCGAAAUUGAAAAAGACCUAAAAUUUGUCCAGUAAAAGCUAAACAAGGAUUACAGCACUGAACCCACGGCUGGUUACACGAGUUCUGCAGAGACAGUCACUGAGUUGCCUUAGUACUUGCGUUUGUUCAAGGGAUUUCUAUAUCGAGUUCUUAUCUGUCAUGCAGCUCACAACAUGCUCUGAUAAUGGUUUGGUUUAGCAAUAAUAUGGCAUUUUUUUGACAACUUGU